GUCUUUAAAGGGUUAACAGGAGGAGGCGCAGCAGCAGCGGUCCGCUCGUCUGGGUGGAGUAGAGUUUAGAUAUAAACUUACUACAACAAAUUAGCCAAGAGGACUGCAUUAUGGCUGGGGCGAAAAUACCAAGAGAAUAGCAAACAUCUUCAAAACUGAAUCCCGGUCGCUACAAAGACGUGCUAAACACUGAGCGGAGAUGGGUGAUGUGAGCGAAGAGUCGCUGCUGGAUUAUUUCUACUCCACGGGAGGCAGCUCAGGCAGAGUCAAAAAUGCAGAUUUACUGAAGACAUUUAAGCCCUUUAUUGGCCACAGUGACUUGCAGUUCCGUGCUAAAUACAGAGAGGAAUUCAAGCUCAUCAUUGACCGAAUCGCUGUGGUGAAGUCAGAGAAUGGUGAGAAGUAUCUUGUCCUAAAGAAGAAAUACAGACAAAUGCUGCAUGAACGAGACCCCAAACAUCACGGGACCGACGCUGAUGGACAGAGCGGUUCGAGCCCGGCCAGAGCUCCGGCCACUGUACAGUGGGACGCAACGGACGCCUUGGCUUCUUCUCAUCCACAGCAGGAUGAGCAGAUGUCAUGUGGAGGGCCCGAUGGUGCUGCAGAGGACCAGCAGACAGGAACAGCCUUCAUGCAGCCCACUCUACUGCAACUUCCUGUCAUCCAAACCCAGGGACCCUCGGCACAAAGCAACGGGGACGAUGAGCUGGACAAAGAUUCAGGGUCAAAGUCCGAGUCAGAGCAAGAUGAGGAGUCUACGGGUAGUAUGGGCUCCGCUGCCGUCGCUCUGGAUCCUAUAGAGAAAGAGUGGAUCUACUCGGCUGCAGGUGCUCGAGUCCCUGACCUCUCCCAGCUGCUCAGACAGGACCCCUCGCUGGCAAACAAGAAGGACUUCACCUCGGGGACCGCUCUGCACUGGGCUGCCAAACAUGGCAACAAGGACAUGGCCUCUCUGGUGGCUAACGCAGGCGCUGAUGUCAACACCAAAUCACAUGGGGGAUACACACCUUUACACAUUGCAGCGUUACAUGGUCAUCGGCAUAUUCUAGACCUGCUCCUAGUGACAUAUGGGGCCAAAGACAAUUUAAGGGACUACAGCGGCCAUCUUGCCCGCCAUUAUCUGAACAUCAAAGAACCGGAGGGUCCAGAGGAAGACUGCGAGCUGCAUUUUCAAGUCACUCAGGCCAGAGAACGGAACAGGAACAGAAAGUUGGUAUCGCUGUUUCACUCCAAGAAGAAGUGGGGCUCAGCAGAGGAGCUGGCUCCGAUAGAGGAGGAGAGGACGGCGUCACAUCAGCUCAUCCUUCCUGCAUUCAGGCCCAGAAAAUUCUCCCGCUGAGAAAAAAACAAACAAAAAAACAGACACAGGGAACAAUUUCUGCUCUCCUACACUCACACAUCCACUUAAUCCUUACAUGCAUAUAUAGCUACACACAUGAUGUAAACCUACAUGUCUGGAAGUGUUAAUGUGCAUACUUGUUAUGUACACAAACAUAGACACCGCUUACAGACACAAUCCCCCCCGCCCGUUUGCCGAUGCACCUACACAGCUCAUCCCAGUACUGAACACACAUGCUUAUAUGUGUAUUAUCAAUAUUUAUACUGACCAUAAAGUAUUUCUUGAAGCCUUUUUUGAAAUGAAUGUUGCCAUAUGUCACUAAUGCCUUAAUAAGCCCGAGUCACGUGGAUCCUUUAAGCUCGUCAUCGCCUUUUGAGUUAAAAUGAGCAACAACUGGACUGCAAAAGUGUCUCAGUGUAAAGAAUAUGGUUUGAGAUAUUCUGCUUUAAAAGAAGAUGACUUAUCCUUUAAAAAAGGAGCACACUGGUGGUUUGUAUGUUUUGGCCUAUUAAAUAUCAGUUAUACUAUCAUUUGUACUUAAUGCUGAACAUUUUCCAAAACAUACCACAAGUUGUUUGACUGACUUUUGACCUUACAAAUGUCAGUAUGGCAUUAUAACACAAUUGCAGAGACACUGUAAGUAAUCCAUUAUGUGGGAAAAAAAUGAAUUCAUUAUUCUAAAAUCACAAUUACUCUGUCAACUAAGGCACUGUAUGAAAGUUAGUAAUGUAGGGAGGGGGGUGAACCUUCCUGUUUAAACCAGCAAGACCCUUCAGUGUUUUUAAUAACUUAUUUGGAUUUAGAAAGAAAAAAACGUGCACAGCCCCCUUCCCAACAAUAUCUUAAAAUAUUACAUUGUUGAUACAACUCAAUUCACCAUUAAUAACAAAAAUGACAAAACAAAGAAUUUAACAUGGUGGACCCCAACCUUUCCAUUUAACCUUAAUAUGUUAAUGGCAUAAUCAUUUUCACUAUUUUUGCAUUUGAUCCUUUUGACAUAGGCCUACAAUUAAUCUGCAAGGCGGAUUUGAAAUAAAAUAGAAAUCUGUGGUGAGGACAACUUUAAAGAUCCUCCCCUGCUCUCCCAAUGCACCUCCCACCAACAACUCUCCUCCUUUCCUGACCCACCUCUCCUCCAUCUUUUUUGCACACAGUCUUGAACGGCAAUGAAAGUCUUGUUGACAGCCGAGAUUGUGAUGCAACAAAACCAUUGCGUUGGCAGCAAAGUUGUAAUUCUCCAAUAUUGGAUAAUGUCCAUGAAUGCAUAGAGCUGUCAAUCUUCCUCUACCAUUCAAAUCAAACCGAGAACUCUGUAACGAAUCAUUAUCUAACAAGUGUAUUAAAAGAGCUCUGUUGUGAAGGCUAACGUUGCUCGGUUAGCACAAUGACAUCAUGUUAGAAAGCACGCCGAAACGAUUUGUCAUAAACUAAGUAACAACCACGAUGCUAACGGCAUUGAUAACUAAGCCAAACGGUGCUGUCACUACUAUUUUAGUGAUUUAAAAGCAACCUGUUUCUUGCAGAUUGUUACGUUACUUAGAAUCCAGCUGUUAGAAGGUAAUAUAUGAAGUCAAACAAACUUUAGCUGUCUCCAUGAAGCUCCCAGCUAAGCUCCUAUAACUCGCGACGCAGUUAGGAAACCAGAACGAGCUAACUAUUGUAACAUAAGCAUUUUGGCUCGGUGGAUGUCCAUUUUAAAAGUCAUGUUAAAACUAUUUCCCAUCCUUCUUCCGAUUUCCUGCCGCAGCCCGUCACUCCCCCUGUACUGACGUUACUCUGUACGUAGCGUUAGUUCACAAUUCCUUCCUCCCGUAACUUGUUGUUCAUCAGAAAUGGCAUGAGAAGAGGGAGAUUAGCUAACGUUAGCCAACCUAUUUAUAAAAUAAAAAAUAAAAAUCACAUUUGAAUAGUAAUUUCAGCGUUUGAAUAGUACUGGUGCUGCAGGAAAUUCCGCCGGAUACAUGCAUUUUCACUGAUGUCUGUUUCCUUCCUCUUUGUGUCGGCGUUCUAAACCCCGAUGGAUUUCUGAGGACUAUGGUUAACUGCCCCUCAGAUCUCUGCAGGGUAAAUCCAGACAGCUAGCUAGACUAUCUGUCCAAUCUGAGUUUUUUUCUCGCAUGACUACUUUUCCGUGCGGAGCUUGACGAUUGUGAUUGGUUUAAAGAAAUGCCAAUUAACCAGAGCACGUUUUUCUCCCAUCCCGGGAUGCUGUGUGGACUAGCCAGACCCUCCUCCGCUCUGCAGCGUUGUGAAUGGUCUGGCAAAGUGAGACUAAUGAGACAGUAACAGAACUUUGACAGCAAACAGCAACAGACCAGUCACCAUUAGUUAUUUCAAGCUACAUUCAGUUGAAAGUUAUUUUUCAAACAAACGCAAAUGAGUCUAAAAAGUUACACUUCACUUUCCUAAAUGUUUGUCAGUGAAGUGUUUGCAAUUAGUAGCCUAGUUAACUGGCUUCAAACAUUCAAACCCAUCAGUGUGUUACUUUAUCCGAGCCAAUGAGACAUUCCAUUUGGUUUGAGCUUUCAUCGCUAUCUCCAACGCUAAUACGGUUCAGGGUUUGGAUUCAAUGCCAGUUGGAGGGUGUUGUCACUCAGCCACCUUCUGUCGUAUAAUGGCUGAUUUGUUUGUCUGUGCUUGCCAAUUGUUGGCGCGACUUUUGCCACAGAGGUGUCCUUUGACUGAUGCGGUAUUAGCACAGAUAAUAUCCGACUCAUAAUUUGGUAAACUUGUGGCGAUUGUCGACGGAUUGUCCUUUAAAUUUGUGUUCUGUGUUCUGAAGUGCUAGGUUAAUGUUUGAAAAAGACGUUUGCACUACUACAUUUACGUUGUCCAUCGGCCUUUUGGAUUGCUUCAGACAUCGCUUUCAUUUGUUGGAAAAAGAUGUUCUUUGUAACCAUUGCUUUGUAAUUUCGUCCCAUUUGUUGAAGUUAACGCUCACGCUAAUUGUAUAAUCUAAAAGUGAAAAACUUGCCUCCAUUACUGUUGCACAAUAUGUAUAUAUAAUGAAGAUAUUUUGGUAUUAAACUGUAUUUUAUAUCAAACUGUA